UAAAAAAAUUAACUCUCUUCUCGGGAGAGCCCAACUAGACUCGCAGUCGCGUCCAUGGCGAUCUUGGUAGGCCUCGUCGCCGUCCUCUCCGCCCUCUUCGCCGCCGCGCUUCGGCGCCUCCUAAUCUCUUGUCGCCACCCCGCAUACGCCGCCGGUUUCUUCCACCCGUACACCAACGACGGCGGCGGAGGCGAGCGCGUGCUCUGGUGUGCGGUGCGCGCCGUGCAGGAGCUUUGCCCGGACCUCCCCUGCGCUGUCUACACCGGCGAUGCCGAUGCGGCGCCCGAGGCCCUCGCCGCACGCGCUCUCGACCGGUUCGGUGUCCGUCUCCUCCGCCCGCCGCAGGUUGUUCACUUGAAUAAGAGAAAGUGGAUCGAAGCAAGCACGUAUCCCCACUUCACAAUGAUCGGGCAAAGUCUUGGCUCUGUUUAUCUUGCAUGGGAAGCCCUUACUAAAUUUACCCCGCAGUUUUACUUUGAUACAAGUGGCUAUGCUUUUGCGUAUCCACUAGCUCGGCUAUUUGGUUGCAAAGUCAUCUGCUAUACUCAUUACCCUACAAUCAGUUCUGAUAUGGUUGAACGUGUUAAGCACCGCAGUUCUAUGUAUAAUAACAAUUCUCUUAUCGCAGGGAGCAUUUGGCUAUCCCGAUGUAAAAUCCUCUACUAUACCAUAUUCAGUUGGUUAUAUGGUCUGGUGGGUUCAUGUGCGCAUCUUGUAAUGGUUAAUUCCUCAUGGACAAGAUCCCACAUCACAAAUAUUUGGAAGAUCCCAGAGCGUACUAAGAGGGUGUACCCUCCAUGCGAUACUUCUGCUCUUCAGAUGCUUCCCCUGGAAAGACCAACAACACCUCCUGUUCUUAUUUCAGUUGCACAGUUCCGCCCAGAAAAGGCCCAUGGCCUUCAGCUGGAGGCAUUUGCACUUGCUCUUCAAAAGCUAGACCCUGACUUUCCUAAGCCAAAGAUUCAAUUUGUCGGUAGUUGCCGGAAUAAAGAGGAUCUGGACAGACUACAAAAGCUUAAGGACAGGUCCACUGAACUACACAUAGAUGAGCUUGUGGAGUUCCACAAGGAUAUUUCUUACAGGGACCUGGUACAAUUUCUUGGGGGUGCCAUUGCUGGGCUCCAUUCGAUGACAGAUGAACAUUUCGGAAUAAGUGUUGUUGAGUAUAUGGCAGCUGGAGCUAUUCCAAUUGCACAUAAAUCGGCAGGACCGAUGAUGGACAUCGUGCUAGAUGAGGAUGGGCAUCAAACAGGAUUUCUAGCCUCCGAGAAGGAGGAAUUCACUGAAGCGAUUAUCAAGGUCUUGAGGAUGCCAGAGUCGGGGAGGCAAGAAAUGGCAGCUGCGGCUAGGAAACGUGCACAAAGAUUUUCAGAUCAGAGAUUCCACCAAGAUUUCACUGAGACCGUCCGCCCUAUUUUGUCAGCAAGGGAAGGCUGACUGACAAGCUGCAGUUUCCACCUAACAAUCUGAAUUCUCUGUCAAGUUUCACACGGUACAGUGAAAGACUUGCAAGGGGCACUGAAUUGGCAGAUUAUUGCUGCUCCCUUUUCCCAGACUGCUUGUGUAUUGUGCUGCAUCGUGUAACGCUACUGUGCAGAAAUAGAUCACAGAAAGAAAACUUUCGUCAGCGAUAUAGAAUUCAAAAUGGUGAUCGUGGUGCACGGUUUUGAAUCUUUCUUGCGGCACUCUAGUACCAAGUUCAUCUUUGUACUGAGCAAAAGCUUCUGCUUGAAUUGUGCCACUGACUGGCGGACCCAUGGACUUUUUAUACUAAUUCAAUCUGUCUUCCACUCUA